AUCAUUUUUAUGAAGAUGGAUUUUCAACUCACUGAUUAUAGAGUAGAUGGAGUAGCUGAAUUCUUUGAACGUCCAAAACAAAUCCUGCUGUUUCUACUUGAAGUUUCCGAAGAUCCCAGUAAUCCAGAUCUCGAUAAGUUCAGAACCGAUAGAUACAAAUUAAUGAGCCGGCCUAGAACUGUUACUUUUUCAGAAUUUCUACCUAAAGAGCCAUCUAGUAAGGUGAAUAGUAAUAUACAAAGGAAUGUAACCAAAGGAAAAGGAAAGGGUCGAGGAAAAG